UAGAAGAUAAGCAAACACAUUAGGAAAUUAGUCAGUUUUUGAAUUGAUCCUAAAGUUAUUAUUGUAGAUAGUGUACGAACUUUCCUAUUAAGAAACGUAAGGUAUUGGUGAUAUGUUAAACCUUGCAUGAUAUCGGCCUUAUAAACGUCAUCGUCCAAAAAUAUCAAAAGACUUGUCGAGUGGAGAUCGAUCAGUGUUCCAUUGUAAAAGUCAAACUUUCUAAUUUGAUUUAAAAUUGUACGCAAUAUCAUCGUAAUGGAUAAAGUAAAGCCGCGAAGUGAUCGCUGGAAACUACCACGUAGACGUAGUAUGGAUGAUUUUCUUUAUGAAACCUCACGUUUUCAACUUCCCAAUUUUAAAGAUUUAGAAAAAUGGAGUAACAGAGUUGUGAAUAAUCUUGUAUAUUAUCAAACCAAUUACCUCUAUAUUUGCAUUGCAAUUACACUUAUUGUCUCAUUACUGCAUCCAAUGAAGAUGAUGAUUGGUGUAAUAUCGAUGAUGGCAAUUUGGGGUGAAUGUGCUUACUUAUUUAGCGAAGACGAAGCAUUGCUUGACUUCAAAAAAUCUUAUCCCCAAGUUGGGAUAGUUAUUGCUGUUAUUUUUGGAUCCUUUGUUGUUUACACUAUAAAUUCACUUCUUUUCGCAUUAUGUGGUGUUUUAUUGUCGCUUAUUGUAAUUCUGAUACAUGCAUCAUUAAGAUUAAGGCAUAUGAAGAAUAAGAUUGUCAAUAAGAUCGAGGGUAUGGGAUUAGAGCGUACACCAAUGGGCAUUAUCUUAAGCUAUAUUGAACAUACAGCUGGUGUAGCCUUACGUACACAGACAACCUCUAUUCAAACGUUUCAUGAACAAUCUGCUUCUUACAACAAAUGAUAACAACGUUUGGCAAUGAACAUGUGUCAA